GUUGUCAUGGUUGUCAUUAAUGAAAGACGAAAAUAAUUCUUGGUACUAUCAGUGGAAAAUGUUCAGAAUCAGGAUAAUAAUCGUGAAUCAAUGUAAACGUAAUUAAUUAAUCUAUCAAGUCCACAUUCGGUAGUUUGUGUUAUGUUAAUAAACGGCUCUCAAACAGUUAUUAUUUUAGAAAUGGUGUGUGAAUACAGACGCUCGCUUUCAACUCGUCAGUUGGUAACCAGUGGGGAGAAGCCUAUUAUGAAGCUUGUUUUGUAAAUGGCAUUUUUGACAACAGGAGUAUAAUAGAAGUUGACUAAAUGUACAUUUCGAACGAUUUUUCCAGUUUAUUAUGGGAAAUUGAGUGUAUUUUAAAAGUAUUCAGUGGCGGAAGUUGUUUAUUUACAUCAACGCAUUUCCUGAUCUACAAAUAGGUUAUGUUUCCAACUUUCAUUAGCAUCCUAGAUAUUCAGUCAUGGUGGGAGGUCCCAAGCAUUGCUCAUUUUUGUUCGCUUUUUCGAACAUCAUUCAACCUUUUGGAUUUUGAUAUUGAGGAUUUAGAGGAGGCCCUUCUCACAGAUGGUACGGAGGAGAGUUCUUGGCUGCAAGAAUUGAUAGUCAGACUGCUGAGCGGCUGCCUGCCCAACAAUGAAAUCUCGACGUUCAACUAUCAGAUGUUCCUGAGACGUCUCUUCAGGCAAAAGUGUCAAGAGCAUGAUCGUUAUAACCCAUUCAACACGGACAUAGAUUUCCAGUUGCUGCCCCUUCGCACGAAAGUCGAUAUACUGCACGCUCUUUGCGAUUUCCGUUUGGACGCUGAAGAUGUUUUUGAUUUGUUGAAGAAUUUGGAAGCCGAUAGCCUUCGUGUGGAACCUCUAGGAUAUGACGGUAACGAAUCAGCAUAUUGGUACUUCUAUGGUACUAGAUUGUACAGAGAGGACUAUACGACAAAAAACAACAAGAAAAAGUCCGUUUGGCAGGUCAUAUGUUUCACAGAAGACGAUUGGUUUCAAUUGACAAAGAAGUUCAAAAAGUCUGGGAAUAAAGUCGAGAGGCAAUUGCAUCACACUCUCAACGAGAACUUUUUACCUGAAUUGCCGAGGCUUUUCAAGGAAAAAGAGAAUCUCGCUAGGAAGAGGGUGCUUGAGAAUCAGCCCAGAAGGACUUCAGAUCGCUUGCGAGAAUUGAAAUGUGAUAGUGAUAAAGACGUUGACAAGUUGGAGAGAACUGUGAAAGAGGAAAAGGUUAGGCCAGCAGAAGAGACUCAAACUAAGCAAAGGGAAUCGGAAAGCAAGAGGCCGGAAAUUCAUGAGAGGAGGUCUAAGUCAAAGAAGGACAGCGAAGAAGACUCUGAUGAUUAUGAGAUGGCUGGCUCGAAGAAUAAGAAGUACAAGAAUCGGCAAAGGAAAAUUUCGAACAGUUCUACUACAAGUAAAGACGAGAAGAGUUCCAAAUCUUCAAAACGAAGUAAGAAACGCGAUGUUGUUGAAGAAAAGUCUUCCAGUUCUAAACCAACAACUGUCGGCCGACAGACUAAUAACUCCCUUUCUGCAGCUACCGGACAGAUACUUAUUCAGCCUAUGGCUAAUUCCAACAAGAAAAAAGUCAAAACAUCCCAAAUAUUUCGUCAAACUGACGAGGAUUUACAAGUCGGGAUGCAUAAAAUAUUGGACUACGUCCAGAAUCACGAGGACGCUUGGCCAUUUGCCGAUCCAGUAGAAGAAGAGUAUGCGCCAAACUAUUACUCGGUCAUCAGGAAGCCUAUGGAUCUGCAGACGAUGGAAGAAAGGCUGGAUUCGGGAUGUUAUAAGAAUUUCUCAAAGUUCCGUGCGGACUUCCAGCUAAUUGUUGAUAACUGUCGGCUCUAUAAUGGAGCAGAAAAUGAAUAUACUGAAAUGGUGGACAACCUACUGAAAGUCUUCGAAAAGGCGACUGAAAAAUACUUGGAUCAAAUUUCAUCUUCUGACGACGAAAUCGCUGUCGAAUUCACAACUCAAGACACCACCAAAAAUAAAUCUGCCAAAACUGAUGGACUGACCACUUCUUCUAGACGAAAACCGAUGUUGGCAGCACAAACAGACAAAAAGCGGCACAGAUCUUUAUCUGAGAAAUCUCUUAGCAGCUCGAGGAGUGAAUCAUAUGAAUCUUUGCAUUCUGCAUAUGAAGAAGAAAAUGUGAAGCACAAAAGUGUAGUGAAGCAGAAGCAUGAAAAAAAUAACAAAUCAAAGAAAGAGAAGAUUGAAGUGUUGAAAGAAAAAGUUGAAGUGAAGAAAGAAAGGAUUGAAUCAAAAAAAGAAAGACUAGAGUUUAAGAAAGAUAAAAUCGAAGCCAAAAAAGAGAAAGUGGACAGUAAAAAGGAAAAGAAUGAUAGUAAAAAAGAAAAAGUUGACAGUAAAAAGGAGAAGGUGGGCAGUAAAAAAGAAAAGAUGGAGAAUACAAAAGAAAAGUUUGUCACUAAAAAAGAUAAGAUGGUGAGUAAAACUGAAAAAGUGGAGAGCAAGAAAGAAAAUGCCGAAAGCAAAAGAGACAAGGAAGAAAGCAAAAAAGAAAAGUCAGAAAUAAAAAAAAUCAAGAACCAAGGAAAAAAGAACAAACACGAAGCAAAAAAGGCGAAAGCCGAGAGUAAGUCGAAAAAAUCGAAUAAAAAGUCCAAAAAGAAGAUGCCGAGGAGAAGUAGGAGUCAAACCCACAGUCCUAGUAGAAGUCCGAGCAGAAGUCCGCCGCCCAGUGACAGUCCGCCCCCUUCUUGGCCGCCUUCGAGCCCAGAUAGCAGGUUCGAUUUCAUCCCAAAUAACUCCAAAAAACGGCAACUGCAAGAUGCUUCCGAUUCCGAAGAUAUUCCGAAGAAAGGAACACAGCCGAAGUACAGCUAUUUUGACGACUACUUUGAGGACUUUGAAGACUCCAUGCAUCAAGACAAAAGACUGAAAACAGAAGAACCUCUCCUCUCCCCCAAACCCAAAGAUAAGCACAACAAGCUGAGAGAAACAAUAGAGAAGCUCAAAGCCAAAAGUGAGCUGAAACUCAACGAUUUCCAAUUUGAACUAGAUCACCCAAAAGAGAACAGAGACAAGAAUAAGAAAUAUGAGAAAGAUGAUAAGAAUAGAUCAAAAUCCAAAGAAAAAGUACUCCAAAAGGCAGAAAUAGAGCUAGAUAGUAAUAGUACCACUGACAGUAUCCAGUCAGAGAGUAAGAAAGGCAAAAAUCCAAUGGCUAAGAGCACCACUCCUGUACAUAAGACCUCUUCGAGCAUGGAUGCUCUCAGUAUUGCUACAGAGCAAACAUUGAAAGACAUAAAUAAGUGGUUGGAUGACACUCCAAAGUUUGCCGAGUUCAGUUCUGCGAGUAAUUCACCAUCUUAUACUGGAUUAGAUGAGUUUGAUACCCUGAAUAAGGUGGAACAAGUCCCGGGAAAAAAGAUUGAGAAACCACCAGUGAAGAAAGAAAUCGGUAUCAAGGACCCCAAAAAGAAAACGUUCAGAGAUCCAUCCAAGUUUUUCAAACGAAGGGAAGUUCAAAGAACAAUAGACAGGUUGCAGCCGGGAAAAGGGAAGGGAAAUUUAAUCUCGAACGUGCAAAAUCCCACAAACAAAGUCGACGAAAUCUACCCACUGGGACCUCUUUCCAAACAAAAAGAUCCCAAAAAUUCACUUAUAGUGAAAACGGACACAAACGCCCCAAAACUCAGCUUAGGAUCUGUGCUGAACAGUUUUGGCAAGCACAAGUUUGUCGAUGACCAAAAGAAAGAAGUGGAAACUAGUCCUAAAGAAGUCCCCAAAGUGGAAACGCCCGAAACUAAAAUCGUCGAAGCACAACCAGACAAUGAGAAUAAAAGUAUUGCACCUGCGGAAACAAAACAAAUAAAAGAAAGCAAACCAGACAAAGAGUCCGCCAUUGAAGAUCCUAGUGCAGGUGGUGGUGCAACCCCUAACCUUAGUGCAUGGUUCAAAGCUUUUGGCGCUCCUAAAAUCCCCCCGCCCAUUAAAAAAUCUGACGACAAACCUGAACCCAGACCCAUGGAUAAACCUGAGGAACCCAUCAACAAAUCUGUGGAUACCCGCAAAGUCCCGCUCCCUAUGGCUUCUCCAAAUACUGACAACACAGUUUUACCUCAAGGUCAGCCAACACAGAGACAAAGAAAGAUCAGUACAGGCAGCAGUGUUUCUGAAAGAUCAUCAUUUAGUCAGGACAUGGAUUCACCAAGAGUGGGAAUGGAUGAAAGGGGAGCUUACCCUGCGCCCUACCCUUCCCCUAUGCAUAGAUCUCCGUCAGGGGCCUCCCCUGUGAUGGCCUCGCCAAGGCCAGAUAUCUCUCCGAAAGCUGCAGCUUACCCAACGAUAAAUGGACAGAUCAGGGUUGGGUUCUACCAAGACACCGUUUCUAACAAAAGCAGUCCCGAUAAAUCUUGUAGUCCUCGAGAAAAUCCCCAGUCACCUUAUCCCCAUUAUUCCGAACAUGUUUAUACUCCUAACACCACCGAGAAUGCGUACUACUCCUACGCGAAUUCGCCGUAUUAUACCCAUGCUCCUAAUUACUCGAGUACAAACCCCACUCCCCCUUAUAAUCAUGAAGGCUCCACCGCCUACUACGACACUAGUAAGUCUACGACUCAAAACUAUACUGCUAACUCGCCCUUGAGUAAUCAAUCCUCUCCGGCACAUCAACAUUCGCAAAAUGUGCAUUCCCCACAUUCUCCUAAUGUUCAUUCGCCACAUUCUCCCACCAUUCAUUCUCAACAUUCUCCCAACGUUCACUCCCCACAUUCACCCAACAUAAAUCUAGAGCUCUCGCCAGGAGGAGCAUCACCUAACUCUCCUGGUGUCUAUUCCCAGCACUCACCCACUAUCUUGCCGCAAAACUCCCCCAACGUGCAUUCUCAAAAUUCUCCCGGUCUACAUAUCCAGCUCUCUCCGAAAAUCCAAAAUUCCCCUGCUCAGCAUUCUCCCAUCAUGCAUUCCCCUAGCUUACACUCUCCCAACUUACACCAACAACCUUCUGCCAAUUUACACCAACAGAAUUCUCCCAACGUCCUCCAACAACAACAGCACUCUCCUAAUAUUCUCCAACAACACUCACCUAAUGUUCUCCAACAAAGUUCUCCAAACGUGCAGGCACAACAGUCUCCCAACAUCCAACACCAACAUUCUCCCAAUGUGCAGACGCAGCCUUCCCCCAACAUUCAGGCGCAACCUUCGCCAAGUGUCAACACCGAUUCGCCAGAUACAUUCCAAUCGCAAGAGGAGCAGAACAAAAUGUCCGAAAAACUCUUGAUGCAGCAGCAGUCACCUAGUGCUAUGUUUCCUGUGAAGAAACGGGUAUACAAUGACAACGAGUUGUUGCAGAUCAGCAAUCACAAGUACCAAAUCGAUCCGAAACUGUCGCAGCAAAUUGAGAUGAGGAGGAAUGCCCAAAUUACCCACCAGACUAGUCUGGAGGGUAUACAAGGCCUGGAAAAAAAGGAUAGGCAAGAUAGUAAGCCUUAUAUCCAAAACAUUCCCGAUCCGAAGUCAUUGAACCUACAGUCGACUGAUGAGUACUUUGACAAGACCUCUGCUGGACAAACAGCCAUGCAGACUCAGGCACAACAGUCGAAUUUGAGGCCGACCUACUCCGUACCUUCUACAGUUCCUAGCACUUUCAAUACGUCUUUCAGCGGCGACUCGAACUACCCUCUCAAUGUGCCAAACGCACGGGGCCUAGCCACUGCCCAACAGCCCAAAAUGGAUCUGUCAAAGUACAUGAAUAUGGGUUACACGGGCCCUGACGUCAACUAUACGAGGUCCUUGCAAUUCAGCAGGUCGGAAAUGAAUUUCACCACUGCAGCUACUACUACGUCACACAAGCAGUCCCACCAAACUUCCGGGGGAUCGAACUUGGGUGGCAUGUCGUCUAGUGAUAUUUCGGUGCGUUAUGGGGACCCCAAUAUGGCUUUGCAACAGAUGGGAUACAAGGGAGUGGAGAUUAGCAAUUCGGCCGCGAAUCCUCAGCAGGCCCACUCGAAUUUGGAGGCAUCCAUGCACUCCAACGCGAGAAGCGAGAACAUCGGCGAUAGGCUGUCCCAGAUGCAGGACGUUUCUAAUGUCAAUGCGUCCAGAUACAAUUCUUCGGUUGACGUUAGCAGGAGUAUGGCGAAUCUGUCUCAUAUAGUGGACAGAUUCGGUAAUGACGAUCGAAUGAUGGCAGGGCUCCAAACGGCUGCUUCGUACUACACGGACAAGGGUCUGGGCACCUCGCAUCUGUUCAACAAGCAGAUGUCUGGCAAUGCUGCUGCCACGUUGCCGAUGUUCAGUCAGGCUAAUAUGGCGGCCAUGCAGAGCUACAACCAGAACGUCCAGAGUAGUACGACGGCGAUGUUCAAUAGGCAAAUGUCGGAGUUGCAGAAUUCCGCUGCCAUGCAGAAUGAUCUGAAAGUGAAUCAGCAGAUGCAGGUGCAGGAGAAGAAGAGCAAAAAGCGGAAGAGCAAAACGGCCGCCGCCUCUGCCGCCCCCUCCGACACCCAGCCGCCCACCAAUGCCGCGUCGACGACGGGCGCAGGCGCGACGGUGGGCCACGGCUUCCAGUCGUACGCCGGCCUCAAGGCUGCCGGCGAUCCCGGCGCCAUCUCGUUGAAGACGUCCGCCGCGGUGCCGGGCAGCGCCUUCAAUUUCGGCCCGCCGGCCGCCGGCCUCGGCCUCUACGCCGACAAGGACCAAUACUCGAACUUCCUCGACGAGUUCCGAUCGGCGCCGGCCAACUACUAUAUGGCAGCGGCGGCGGCGGCGCACCAUCGGGCCACGCCGGAAGGUGGCGAAAAGCAGUCUCGGCCCGCCCACCAAAACUCCAACCCCCAGUCGAAUCCCGCAUACCCGUUCCUGGGAGCCCCGCAGGCCAGGUCGUCGUACCCGCUGGGCGGUCCGUUCAUACCCAACGCGCAAGCGCAGCUCAUGGACACCAAUUCGCCGCUCUACCAGCACUACUUGCAGGCGGGGCUCCUAGGGGCGCACGGGGCUUAUCCGCCAGGGUACCACCCUGCGCUCAGCAUGAGGCAGCCCUACGAUUCCAUGACGAGGCCGUCGUGGCUCUAGUUGUAAGUUGGUGCAGUUUUAGUAUUUUUUCCUACCAAAGACUUUAUUUUUAUUUUUUGUACAUAUGCGUGUAAAGUGUAUAUAUUUUAAUACUGUCUGUAGGUUAAUCGAGGAGGUGGUACAUUCAUUAUUCCAGGUUUUUUUUGGGGGAUUUUCUCUCCUCAUUUCUAUAAAAUGAGAAUAUGAAUAUUAUUUCAAUAUACGUGUAAUAAUGACAAAUCAGAUGAUUUGCCCCAAAAUGUCACUGCGUUAAAAGUAUUUUCCUAUCAGAGAGCCUAAAUGAAAAAUUCACCAGCUUGUCAGUGACAAUUUGUAUUGAAAAAGGUUUGGAGAAGAGGAAUAAAAGUAUCAAAUUUUCACUUAGCUUCUCCCGUUUCAACAUAAAAAAUGGUUAUUUGAAUAGCAAAUUCGUAUCUGUCUUGAAACUUUUCAGUUCUCAGUGACAAUUGGUGACGUUGGCAAUCAAAUGAGUUACAGGAUGUUUUCAAAUUAAUCUUGAAUUUACCAUUUUCAGAUUUCAGUAGUGAAUACCAUGUUCUAUCUGUAUCAACUGAACAAGAAGCAAUGCUAUUGUCUCCGUUCUGAAGAAUUCAAGCAGAUUCCUUGAUUUUUCUCUUCUGGUUGUCAUUAUAUUGUACUUAUGUUCCUUCGUCCUUACUGAAAGA